GUGACUGCUACGGCUUUAGUGCAUACGUCUGCUUCUGAGUAAAGUCUGUUAAUAGGUUAGCUUGUGACCUGCUAACUGGCUAACAACACAUUAUUAAACGGAUGCUGUAGAUUUCAGGGCUGUUUUUACAAAGGCCCGGUGGAGAUAUGAACCUUCCUAAGAUCCAGAUCUUGCUGGCAUGGACUCUCAGUGUAUUUGCUGGUCCAGUACUCUGCUCAGAAGAUGAGACUCGCCUGGUGAAGAAACUGUUUACUGGUUACAACAGCGUGGUUCGUCCCGUUAACCACUUCAGUGAGGCCGUAGUAGUCACAGUAGGACUGCAGCUAAUACAGCUUAUCAGUGUGGAUGAAGUUAACCAGAUUGUGACCAGUAAUGUCCGUCUCAGACAGCAAUGGGAAGAUGUGAACCUGAAGUGGAAUCCAGAUGAUUACGGAGGCAUUCGAAAAAUCAGAGUCCCUUCAACCGACAUAUGGAAACCUGACCUGGUGCUAUACAACAAUGCUGACGGUGAUUUUGCCAUUAUCCAUGAAACUAAAGUCCUUCUGGAGUACACUGGGAAGAUAACAUGGAACCCUCCAGCCAUCUUUAAGAGUUACUGUGAGAUUAUUGUCCUCCAUUUCCCAUUCGAUCUGCAGAACUGUAGCAUGAAACUGGGAACCUGGACAUAUGAUGGACUGCUGGUCGUCAUCAAUCCAGAUAGUGAUCGACCAGACCUCAGUAACUUCAUGGAGUCAGGAGAGUGGGUGUUAAAGGACUACAGGAGCUGGAAACACUGGGUUUACUACACCUGCUGUCCCGACACACCGUACCUGGACAUCACUUACCACUUCUUGAUGCUGCGGCUGCCUCUUUAUUUUAUCGUCAACGUCAUCAUUCCCUGCAUGCUCUUUUCUUUUCUCACCGGACUGGUCUUCUACCUGCCUACUGACUCCGGUGAAAAGAUGACUCUCUCCAUCUCUGUCCUGCUGUCUCUGACUGUCUUCCUGCUGGUUAUCGUGGAGCUGAUCCCCUCCACCUCCAGUGCUGUUCCUCUCAUAGGGAAGUACAUGCUCUUCACCAUGGUGUUUGUCAUCGCCUCCAUCAUCAUCACUGUCAUUGUCAUCAACACGCAUCACCGCUCGCCCAGCACGCACACCAUGCCUGCCUGGAUCCGCAAGGUCUUCAUUGAAACCAUUCCCAACAUGAUGUUCUUCUCAACAAUGAAGCGCCCCAGUCAGGAGAUCCGACAGAAGAGACUGUUCCCCACUGACAUGGACAUCUCUGACAUCUCAGGUAACCCCACCCCCACCAGUGUCACCUACCAGUCUCCCAUCACUAAAAACCCUGAUGUUCGCAGCGCCAUCGAAGGGGUGAAGUACAUCGCUGAGACCAUGAAAUCAGACGAGGAAUCUAACAACGCGGCAGAGGAGUGGAAGUUCGUUGCCAUGGUUUUGGAUCACAUCCUGCUCUGUGUGUUCAUGGCCGUGUGCAUCAUCGGGACGCUCGCCGUCUUUGCUGGGAGACUCAUCGAGCUCAACAUGCUGUAGGGGCCUGACCCAUGAAGGAAGAUGAGCAUGAGAAAAGUUUCCAUCAUCGGACUGGUUCAGGUUGUGUUGGUUCGCUGUCUCCCUCUGUCUCUCAGACACAGACAGACACACACUGUUGUGUUGCCUUUAACUGUGUGAGUUUGUGUAUUUACUGAAAACGAGGAGGCUGCAGUUAAGGGCAAAUCCAGGCAUCUUAAAGGCGUGAAGGCAUAAGUCCAGUGAUCUAGAUGGGUCAUACUUGAAGCUGUUCUUUUCACUAACAGUUUGUCUUUUUUUUGUUGUUGUUUUUCUACAGUGUUUUAUUGCUGCCAUCACUCUAGUGGGCUCUAUGAGUGUAAUAUAAUACUCUUAUGAAAAAGCCAUAACAGUAAUAAUUGUUUUGUUUUUUGUGUUUUUUGGCAGCUUGAUUUAAGGUCUGAGUCA